AUGCAGAUAUCUACCUGGAUUUUAUUUUCCAUCAUCAACUUGGACACCAGCGUGAUCAAUGGCGAACUCCCUUUCAAAUGCAAAGAAAUGUAUUUUGAAGUAUGCACCAGACACGCCACCCCGCAAGAUAAAGCUCAAUUAGUUAGAGGGAAAGACCAGCCGUCGUGCAUGGCGAUGGUGGCCCCACCAUCGAAGGAAAAGAAGGAUUUCUAUAACUGUGUUGGUGAGAUGAUUGCUGGCCUAAGUUCUGAGAGAGCAAACUGCUGUUAUGGUAACAAAAACGAUCGCGAAUAUAAGGGGUUCUUUCACCUUAUGGAGGAAGAUAUGCGUGCCUCAGACUGUAAAGCACAGUAUUAG